AUGCCUCGCAUUGAGAAUGACAUCAAGUUGGACUUCAAAGACGUGCUUCUCCGUCCAAAACGAAGCACACUCAAGUCCCGUAGUGAGGUGCAUAACUCCUUCCUUUUCUCCUGUAAUGUGCUGUUAUGUCUACAGUAUUGUUCUAUUGUAUUCAAUGACCAGUUUGUACCAGUAGUGUCAUUUUCCAAACACAGUAUUUUACAUUUUCAAUGGUAUAUCACUCUUCAAUGGUGGUACCUUUUCUCUACCUUCCACCUAGCUGUCUCUCUGUCUGUCUCUCUGUCAGUCUGUCUCUCUGUCUCUCUCUCUCUCUGUCUUUCUGUCUCUCUCUGUCUGUCUGGCUCUCUCUCUCUCUGUCUCUCUCUCUCUCUCUCUCGCUCUGUCUGUCUGUCUCUCUGUCUCUCUGACUAUGUCUGUUUCUCCUUCUCCCCCAGGUGGACCUGAUGAGAAGUUACACCUUCAGGAACUCCAAGGGAAGCUACAGAGGAAUCCCCAUAGUUGCAGCCAACAUGGACACCGUCGGCACCUUCGACAUGGCCCUGGUAUUGUCCAAGGUAUAGACAUAGACAUACAUAUUGUGUUAUAAACAGCAACAAGCAAAAACAACAAAAUAGCUUAAAUCAGAAUUCAACGUCCUCAGACUUUCUAAUACUAAACAACUCAUUUUACUAAACAACUCAAAUAUCCCCUACUGGCUCACAGAGAAAGUGGAGCCCAAAUCUAUGUUUAUUAGAAGUCUCUGUUCCCAUAGAUUUUAUACAUUUAAAGGUGUUUAACAAACACGUCUCUUUCUCCCCCCAGUUCACUCUCUUCACUGCCAUUCACAAGCACUAUUCAGUAGAUGACUGGAAGGAGUUUGCAACAAAGAAUCCAGAAUGUGUACAGGUACAUUAAAGCAAUGCUGUCUGGGAUAUAAUUUACAUAGCACCCUAUAAGACAAGUAUCUUACUUUGCCAAACUUUUCAUUCUGUGUUUAUUUCUCUCUCUCUCUCUCUCUCUCUCUCUCUCUCUCUCUCUCUCUCUUCUCUCUCUCUCUCUCUCUCUCUCCCCUCUCUCUCUCUCUCUCUCUCUCUCUCUCUCUCUCUCUCUCUCUCUCUCUCUCUCUCUCAGAGUGUGGCAGUCAGCACAGGAACAAGUGAAGGGGACUUUGACAGACUGGGUGAGAUCCUAGCCGCUGUGCCUCAGCUGCAGUACAUCUGUGUGGAUGUAGCCAAUGGCUACUCAGAGCACUUUGUCCACUUUGUCAAAGACGUGCGUCAGAAGUACCCGACACACACCAUCAUGGUCAGUGACUCCUCUACGCUCUCUUUUAUAGUGUGCAAACUUGUGAUUAUGAGCAUGUGAUUAUGCCUGCAGUGUUUAUACAGUGAUGAUAUUGAUGAUACGUCUCAAAUCACACUAUUCCCGAGGGUUCUUGUCAAAGUAGUACACUCAGGGUGUUAUUUGAGCCCAUAUAGGACUCUAGUCAAAAGAAGUGCACUAUAGAGUAGUGCACCAGUUAAGACACCAAAAGGGAUUGUGUUGUCUUUGCCACAGGCAGGGAAUGUGGUUACCGGGGAGAUGGUGGAGGAGCUGAUCCUCGCCGGUGCUGACAUCAUCAAAGUGGGCAUCGGACCAGGUGAUGUCAUAAUCGGGCGACUCUGUCACAUUGCGGUUUUGCUGUUUCGUCAUACCUCAUACCUUUUUUUGUAAUUGAUUGAAUUGGGGCCUUAGUGUGAUCAUACUCAUAACUUCCUAACUUUCUAUCUGUCUGUCUGUGUAGGCUCUGUGUGCACCACCCGUAAGAAGACCGGGGUGGGCUAUCCCCAGCUGAGCGCUGUGAUCGAGUGUGCAGACGCUGCCCACGGCCUGGGCGGACACAUCAUCUCUGUAAGCCUCCAUCAUUAUGAUACACUUAUAGUUAUGUUAUACACUCACAUCCUUUUGGCUCAACAUUCUUUCUACACCGCGUUACACCCUGAACCUCAUCAUACACACAUACAGUACAUAUGCAUACCAAGAUGGUUGAAUAGACAGAGACUUGACCUGAAGAUGCAUAGUACCUUAUUCUUCCCCUUUCUUUCUCUCUCAUAAAGGAUGGCGGAUGCACUUGCCCAGGUGACGUCUCCAAGGCUUUUGGUGAGUUUUGUAGCAGUAAAAUUAAACAAUUAAACUAGGAGAGCAAAGAGUACUUACUUUGAUCAGCCUACAGAGACUCUACAACCAGGGUUGUAGUACUCAAGUCCCGGACUCGGACUGGAGUACUACAACACAUUUUCAGGACUAGUGACUCGACUUGGACUCAACCAUUGCUGACUCGGACUUGGACUCGCCUUCUCAACCAUUGAUGACUCAGACUUGGCUUGUCGUGACUUGUAUUUGCACUUGGACUGGAUAGGCUACUAUGAUAAGCAUAAUAUUAGCAGCACUGGGUGCGCAGAGCAGUGAGGGUUCUGUUCUCUAGCAGUGGGAAGGACGUGCCACACACAGCCUACAUCAGCUGCUGAGCUGCGGGGGAGCAAGCGAUGAGUGUGGGCAGACAGGCAGGCAGGCUCUGCUCCGCCUCCCAUCAUAGGCUACACAUCGCGCAAGCGACUCUCUUACUUCCACAUAACCGCCAGUCACUAGCGUACUAUUUAGCUUUGCCUGGUUAAGAAACACAAACUGCUUUACGAAAUUGAAAACAAUACUAGUAUUGAGUUGAAUAGUAAAACAACAGUCUAGCUGUUUCUCUUUCUCUCCUUGAGUAUAGAAAAGUAGGCUGUCUUUGAAUUUGUCGUCUCGCGCUAACCUCACACUUUCCCCACUGCAUCCCAUAGCCAGGUUCUGACGACACUGCUUACAAUAAUGAGUCGUUAGGAUGUCCCCGGGAUGUCACAAAAUGGUUGCCUAAAGUUGUCAGGACGUUGUGUCAUGGUCCCCUGGAGGUUUUGUCUAGUUCCCAGUUGGUCCCGGGGACGUCCCCGAAUAUGAUUUUAGGACGUUAGUGGGAUGUUGUGUCAUUGUCCCCUGGAGGUUUUGUCUAGUUCCCAGUUGGUCCCGGGGACGUCCUCAAAUAUGAUUUUAGGACGUUAGUGGGACGUUGUGUCAUGGUCCCCUGGAGGUUUUGUCUAGUUCCCGGUUUGUCCGACCCCUGCCGGGUUCUUAGGACGUCGUGUGAUGGUCCCAAGAGAAUGUGUCUGACCCCAGCUGUGGUUGUGUGUGACUCACAGGCGCGGGGGCAGACUUUGUGAUGCUGGGCGGAAUGCUGGCCGGCCACUCAGAGAGCGGGGGCGAGGUCAUCGAGAAGAACGGGAAGAAGUACAAGCUGUUCUACGGCAUGAGCUCCGACACGGCCAUGAAGAGACACGCCGGGGGCGUGGCCGAGUACAGGUCAGAGAUGUUACUGGCCGCCUAGCAGGAAAUGAGCAGCUUUAAACACUGUAGCACGCUUUAGGAAAAACACCCUUCCCCAAUACACAGGUAAAUAUUGGACUAUAAAUGGUGCCUUCCUGUAUUAUACUUAUGCUAAAAUGUUUAUUCUAUUCUACUGAGACAUUUACUUUAUGUUCAUAUUCUUAUAUUUUCUUAUUUCUUAUUGUUGUUACAUUUCAAGAAGGAACCUGCAAGUAAGCAUUUGGUUAAGACGGUGAAUACCAUGUGUAUCCCGUACAUACGACUAAUAAAACUUGAAACCUAAAGCCUAGUUUAUAUCCCACGUACGUACUCAUGGAACUACAAGUAGCUGCGCAAAAUUGCGUUGCAUAGCAGAAAUAUGCAGACGUGUGCAUCUCCGCAAUUCAUAACUCGACGCAAGAAUGCAGGAUGGCCAUUUUGCGUAUCGUUCUUGCGUCGUGUACGUAGGGUAUACAUACAUUAGGCUUAAGAGUUGACUAAAACAUUCCCUCUUCUUCUCCCAGGGCAUCUGAGGGGAAGACAGUGGAGGUGGUCUACAAGGGUCCCGUGGAUGUAACCAUACGCGACGUCCUGGGUGGGGUCCGCUCCACCUGCACCUACGUGGGCGCAGGGAAGCUCAAGGAGCUCAGCCGCAGGACCACCUUCAUCAGGGUUACCCAGCAGCUCAACACCGUCUUUGGGAAUGAUAACUAGACGAGGUCCAGGCUGGUUCCUGGGCCUAACAGGGUCGGGGAGAGGUGGUGGUGUGUUUUGUAUGCUGCCUGCCCCUGUCACAUGGAUGCUAUUACACAUACUGCACACACGCACACACACACACGCACACACACACACACACGCACAUACAGAAAAUAUUGUAACCAUUGAUAGUAAGAAUCUGUUAUUUGGAGAAACGUAAACCUAGGAUAAGUGUUUGGUUGCCCAAAUCAAAACCUUUUUAGAGUAUAUUAUCAAACAAUCCCUUAUCUAAGAGUCUUAUUUACG